AUCUGUCAACUAGAGGCGCUGGGGAGCCCAUUCCGGCUUUCUCAGACAGCGUGCAAAGAUGGUGCUUGAUUUGGACCUGUUUCGAACCGACAAAGGUGGCGAUCCAGAACUCGUCCGUGAGGUUCAAAGGAAGCGGUUUAAAGAUGUCACGCUCGUCGACAAGUUGGUCGCUGCGGAUACAGAAUGGAGAAAGUGCCGCUUCACUGCAGACAACCUCAACAAAGCAAAAAACCUGUGCAGCAAGAGUAUUGGAGAGAAAAUGAAGAGGAAGGAACCGAUUGGGGCGGAUGAGACUAUCCCAGAAGCAGCACAGAAUCUGGAGGCGCUUACCGCUGACACUCUUUCGGGCCUAACAGUGACACAGAUCAAGAAGGUGCGGGUGCUUGUGGAUGAGGCCAUGGUGAAAACUGACAGUGAGCGGUUGAAGCUAGAGGCAGAACGCUUCUCAUACUUGAGGGAGAUUGGCAACCUUCUCCACCCGUCAGUACCCAUCAGCAACGAUGAGGAUGCUGAUAACAAGGUGGAACGUACAUGGGGUGACUGCAGCGUCCAGAAGAAGUACUCCCAUGUUGACCUGGUGGUCAUGAUUGACGGCUUUGAGGGGGAGAAAGGAGCCGUUGUGGCUGGCAGUAGAGGCUACUUUUUGAAGGGUCCACUAGUGUUCCUGGAACAGGCUCUAAUCAACUAUGCUAUGAGGAUCCUGUACAACAAGAACUACACCAUGUUGUACACACCUUUUUUUAUGAGGAAAGAAGUCAUGCAGGAAGUCGCACAGCUCAGCCAGUUUGAUGAAGAGCUCUACAAGGUUAUCGGUAAGAGCAGCGAGCGAGCAGACGACAACUCCAUUGACGAGAAGUACCUAAUUGCUACUUCUGAGCAGCCCAUUGCAGCAUUUCUUAGGGAAGAGUGGCUCAAGCCCGAGGACCUGCCCAUACGCUUUGGUGGUUUCUCUACCUGCUUCAGACAGGAAGUGGGCUCGCAUGGCCGAGACACACGUGGCAUCUUCAGGGUGCACCAGUUUGAAAAGAUUGAGCAGUUUGUCUACGCCUCGCCACACGACGGUAAAUCUUGGGAGAUGUUCGACGAAAUGAUCGGGACCGCAGAAGACUUUUACCAGUCUCUUGGUAUUCCUUAUCGCAUCGUCAACAUCGUGUCAGGUGCACUCAAUCAUGCCGCCAGUAAAAAGCUGGAUCUGGAGGCCUGGUUCCCGGGCUCUGGUGCUUUCCGGGAGCUGGUCUCCUGCUCUAACUGCACGGACUACCAAGCAAGACGCUUGCGUAUCCGCUACGGGCAGACCAAGAAGAUGAUGGACAAGGCAGAGUUUGUUCACAUGCUUAAUGCCACAAUGUGUGCCACUACACGAGUGAUGUGUGCCAUCUUGGAGAAUUUCCAAACAGAAGAGGGCAUCAUAAUUCCAGAGAAGCUCAGGGAAUUCAUGCCUCCUGGCAUGAACGAGAUCAUCAAGUUUGUCAAGCCAGCGCCCAUCGACCAGGAGAUGUCCAAAAAGGCAAAGAAACAGAAGAAUAAACAGGCAGGAGAUCAGAACCUCAACGACACCAUGGAGGCGAUGUCGGUUAAUGACUCCUAGAAAUGAAAUUAUGGAAUUAAUUAUUAAUGUAAUUGAGCCUUUUGUUACAACACCAAAUCCUUUUUCGGAGAUCGGAAAACACAUCAAGCUGGCACCUAUAAAUGUUGGUUUCUCCACAAUGCUUUUGGUGGUUCCAUUCAGUCAACGUUUACCGUAAUUAGCAAAUGGAACAGUGUUGUAUAUUUUCAGCUGUCGCAGACGUUUAUGAAAGGAGUCAUUCACAUUCCGAGCCUAAGACAAACUACCGGUAAAUCAUUAUCAUCUCUAACUUUUUUUUUUUUUUUGUGAGCGCUAUGUAGCAUAAGGAAACACUAGUCUAGAGCAAAAUAUGCGCUUGCCAGAGUCUUCAGCUGCUCUGUUUCGACCAAAAAUAUAGUGAAUAAAAAUCCUUACAAGGUUUUUGCCUGUGCUGAAACGGUCACAACAAUCAGAAGUUUUAUCUUGUCAAUUUCGGGAGUGUUAACUGUUUAUUUUAGGCUCUGAAUUACUGUCAUGUUGCCUUUUCCUUUGUUUUGUUUCAUCAUGUCACUGUUGAACAUGCGGUAUGUAUCUGAGAAUCACAUUCAAUUAAGUGGCUCUUACUGUAAGCAUAAUAUUAAAUACAGGACAUAUA